AUGGAUUUGAUCUUUGAGACUUCCACAAGCAAAUACUUCUCCAUUGAAGUUGGUUUCUUUGACACGGUCCUUGAGAUCAAAGAGAAGGUAAACAAGGAUCAUGGCUACCCUAUCUCCAACCAAAAGCUCUACUUCAGAGGCCAAGAGUUGAUCGACGACCGCAACAUCGAGCAAUGUGGGAUCCUCCAAAACUCCUUGAUCUACCUCAUGCUCUCCGGGGAUGACACCCAUGCUCUAAUCAAGGUCAUCGUCAACGAACCGUUAUCGAAGCAACAAAGCGCUUUCGAGGCCUACGCUAAUGAAACAGUGGCUAACUUCAAGCACCGCAUCCGUGUCUUCGAAGCCAUCCCAACGAGUAGAUUCGUGGUGUUCUACGGUGGCAACGAGUUACACGAACAUCGAAGAUUGGAGGAGUAUGGGAUCACCGAUAGCUCGAUAGUGAAUCUCGUGAUGAGGCCCUACGCGUCUUCGAUGCUGAGCUCCAACAAGCUAAAGGUGAUGGUGCGACUGAGGGCCGAUGGCACGGAGAAAAUUCCCGUGGAGGUGAAUGCACUAGACAAUGUGAGUGAACUGAGGAGGGAAAUCCGGAGGUUGGAGCUCGAGACAGACAUAGUUUUGCCGCCACACGGAUAUUUUUUCAUCCAUAAGGAGAAUGCUAUGGAGGAAGAGAAAUCUUUCAUGUGGCACGAUGUGAAGGAUGGCGAUACAAUUGUAGUUUUCGAUGGAUUUGAACUCAAACUCAAUCUAUAG